AGUUUGACCAAAAGUUCUGACCUUUCUUCAUACGACUUUCCUACUGCUCUCUUCUGGACUUUAACAUGGGAGCUUCUCAGUCUGGACCAGUGCAUUUGUUCCAGGAUCUGACUCAUAAAACUGGCUUUUCCAUCGAGCAGAUAAAAACCCUCCAUACCAGAUUUCUGUACCUGACUCGAGAUGAAGACACAUUAAGACGUGAACACCUUGCGAAUGUUAGCGAUUUGGCCCUCAAUCCAAUCCGAAGACAGAUCAUUGAGGCCUUCUUUGAUAAAAGGAACAUGGGUGAAAAAGAGAAGGGGUGUCUGCAGGAGAUCGGUUUUGAGGAAUUCGUAACUGUCCUGUCCUUCUUCAGACCACCCAAACCACACACUGCAGACGAGGAGAUGAAAAACAUCAAGAAGGAGAAACUACGAUUUCUAUUCAACAUGUAUGACACUGACAAUGACGGCAUCAUCACGCUGGACGAAUACAGAUGUGUGGUGGAGGAGCUGCUGUCCAGCUAUGAAAUCAUAGGAGCAGAAAACGCCAAAGCCAUCACAGAUGCUGCGAUGCUGGAGGUGGCGAAUGUCACAGUGGGUCAGAUGGCUCCUGAUGAUUUUUAUGAGGGAAUCACCUUUGAGCAGUUUGAGCAGAUAUUAAAAGAUGUAGAGAUCGAGACCAAGAUGAAUAUUCACUUUUGGAACUUGGACACCAUGACAGUGCAAUGUGGGAAAUGAGAGUCAUUUCCGCUUCACAGCAGUACUUUACAUUCAAACUCGUAGUGUUGAGUUAACUUUCUCGGAAAUAUCUCCAGUGAUCAAGAUAUGGACGCGUCUACAAGUUAACAUGAUUACAUUUCAGAGUCCAAACCAAACAUCCCAAGUAUAUUUGGAAGAUAUUUACGAACCCUGUAAGGCCUAGUUAUUUUCGGACUUCAUGUUGACAUAUGUACAACAUAAAGCAUUUUGAUUCAAACACACUUUCAGGUUCCAUGUAUACUGUAUUUUUAACAGUGGAACUGAGUCGUGUGAUGGAGUCGUGAAAUUUCCCUUCUGAGAUAAGUAUGCUGAUUUUAUUUAGAGGAAGUCUAUAUUAAAAUGUAUUAAAGGAUAUGUAAAGUUUUACAGCAUUUAUUAAAUUGAUAUUUUUAUUAUUGUCAGUUGAAACCACCUUUCUUUAUAUUGAACUUAAUAAAAUAAUCAGUUUUAGAAGUAAUAAUUUUUUUCCUUUAAUGCACUUUGUUAAAGCAUUCUGGCAGAUAUCUAUGCAGGGUUACAAAAUGCAUUCCAUACCAUAUUUAGGUUGUGUGUUCAGUCAAACUCUGUGGUAUUUGGAGCAAAUUCGUAUUUUACUUGGCCGAAGCCAAAUUAGUUAUAUGCCAAGUUCUCAUUCUCGAAAAACAAAACAACACAAGAGGAAAGGAACAAGACCAGAUUAAAUACAGAUUACCUUUGAAAAGAUAAACACAGUGUGUGUCAACACUACUGGUCAAAUGUUUAGUGUUCUUUUGAACUUUCUAUUCAUUAACUUUAUAAAAAAAAUAUCCCUGCUUCAACAAAAAAAUAAGUAAUGUUUUUUGAUCAGCAAAUCGGCAUAUUAGAAUGAUUUCUGAAGGAUCAUGUGACUGAAGACUGAAGUAAUGAUGCUGAAAAUUCAGCUGCACAUCACAGGAAUGUAUUUAUUAUAUUAAAAUACUGUACUUUAGAUCGAAUAAAAUCACCCUUGGCAAGACUUCCUUCAAAUAUAACAGGGUUUAUACAGAGAUUCUUAAAUUGAAUUUACUACCUUUUUACCACCUAUUUUACUACCAUCACAAUAUUUUUACUACCAACACGGCUUCAAACUUCAACUGUAGCAGUGUUAAGUAAAGUGAUAAGUAAAGACAUGAAAUAUCUUUCCAAAAUGAAUUAAUAACAUAUUUAAUCACAAUUUAAUGAGGCAAUUAUAACUUAAUUUCAACACUGGAAGGGAGAGAUAGAGAACCAGAGAGAGCGAGAAACAGAAAGUCAGGAGAGGUUCUGUAGGUGUAUGUGUGUUAGGGCAAGUGAGUGAGCUACAUUCAAGUAAGAGGGUAACUCUACCAUAGGACUUGGAUUAAUCAAGAUAUCACAACAGGCCUUGGUCCAUUGGAUUUACUCAAUAUGUCAAAGAGUAACAAUUACAUAAAAAUUAGAAGACAGACCUUUAGAAUGAACAGCUACACAAUGUGUAAUAAUAAAGUGCAAUUGUACACUAGAAUAACAGUAUUUCAUUAAUAAACAAAUAACUUCAACACUGGACACAAGCCAAGCACUGUCCAACACACACAGAGAGAGAGAGAGAGAGAGAGAGAGAAAACAUCAAACAGAGAAAACAAAGUCCCUCUUUGAAACAAAUUUCGUUUUGUAUUAAUUUUAUCUUAAUUUUAACCCAUGUUUCAUUAUUUUGUAUAAUCACAACACGUUCAGACAUGAACCGAAACUCAGCGUAUAGGUAGCCUAGGCUACUCUCCUCACAGAUCAAUUGUAUGUCCCAAUGAUCACAGUCCUACUACUGAUGACCUUAUAAAUCAUAAAAGCACAUAUUUUUCUAAGACUAUAGCCAGCAUGUUUAGUUUUGCUUAUAGCUUAAACUUUAGCUGAAUUUUCUCUGACUCAAAAGCUGAACUGUCCACCCUCUCGUGUUCAACAGCAGGAGCACUAACAGCACUAGUGCUACUGUUGCUUCCUUCGUCACCUUCAAAAUAAAUAAGCAUUGUACACUAGGCUACAAAUGUCCCGGUGCUCCCAAUGGCCAGUCCGCCCCUGGCUAAUCCGUAAGAAAAGCAUUUUUCUCCGGUGCGUUCACUACUGCGAAGAUCGCGAGUCAGUGUCAUCCUCAUCUUUGCAGCUUACACAGAAACACGUGUUUAUUAA